AAGCGUGGCAUAAUAACAGACGGCAGUCUGUGGCACGACGUCGGAACGUUCGCACGCAUUCUACCGGAGCUGUCGAAAUCAGUCGAUCGUUUGACUUGAAUCGUUUGUUAAAUCUAAGCAAAAGCACGUGUGAGCAUUGGUGCAGUCCUUCGCUUAUGAAGAACUCUAGUCGGGCUUUAGUUGUAGUGACCGUAAGAAGACACAAAUAAGAUUUAGUGGUUUUAGAGUGCUAUUUCUCCAGUGCGGUGGGGCUACCUAAUGUUUCAGGAUACGAAACUUUCCCAAGGAUACUAAACAGAACAGAAAGCGCAAACCGACAGGGCCAACCAGGAUACGGUGUGAAAAAGCACGCCCAGUAUUUGAAAUUCUAUAAAAAACUACCACUAGCACCAAACGGAAGAAAACAGAUGAAUGUUUUUGGAAACGUGCACGCUGGCGUUUUCAACACAGAUUAGAUUUUUCUUUUCCUUCUUAUCAUCAUUGAACGUACAAUGACGGCAAAAAAGGACAAAGACUAUAAAGGACACAAACACGGAAGCGAACUAAGCGCAACAGCAUUAACUUCAAAACUAGACGCUCAUCUGCAAAACGGCAGUACAGCCGGUCUUAUUACAUCUCAGGAUCCACUGAAGCGCACGAAUAAACCACUCAUGGAGAAGCGACGACGCGCACGCAUCAAUCAGAGCCUUGCCAUCCUGAAAGCUUUGAUUUUAGAAUCAACUGUAAAAACCAAAUCCGGCGAUGGACAAACCAAACACUCCAAGUUGGAGAAGGCUGACAUCUUGGAGCUUACUGUGAGGCAUUUUCAAAGACAUCGAAACCUGGAUAAUCCUGCCGUUGACAAGUAUCGGGCGGGAUACACUGAUUGUGCCAGAGAAGUGGCGAGGUACUUGGCAACUCCUGAGCCUCCGCCAUUACCGAGCGUACCGACACUCACAGAUGCCGGUUCGAAGGCUCGCUUGUUGCGCCAUCUGGACAACUGUAUCGCAGAAAUUGAUACUGAAAUUUGCCCUAACAUUCUGCCGAAUGGAAAAACCGUGGAAGCGCCAAAGAUUGAGAACAUGUACGAGAAUCAUGGCGGCAUAAAGAAGGCUAAGGAUAUUGUUGACUACAGUGGACAAGACUCGAAUCCACUUGAUUUCAGCAAAACUAAUCGCGAGAUUGGUCGAUCCCCUUUCGCUUACAGAAGCCCGACUUCUGAUCUUGCGCUACUCACUCCAACACCUAAACUACUUCAUCAAGAUGAAAAUAAUAAUCGUGGCAGUCAUCGAACAAAAAGUUUACACUCACCUCAGCCACUAAUUCCACACCACAUAGAUGACGUUGCCCAUGGAUCAGAGCUAACAGCGCAACCUGGAAGUAGUUCCAACAUAUCACCGUUUUCUAGUCACGCCUCGCUUAAUAAAAUGAUUCUGUCUCAGCAACAAAAGUUAAUCGAUGUAUCGAACUUGAAAAACUGCAGAAUGGAUUCAAUGGCGAUCAAACAAGAACCAGGAGCUAUUCCUAAUGGAUUUACAGUGAGUUCCCCAGCGAUGCCAUCACCAACACCUUCAGCUGGUCACAUGGAAUCAGACAAAGAAGUUUCUAAUCACUCCGAGCAUAUUUCUGCAUUGUCGUAUCCUCCACAAGUGCGAAUAAAUGAUAACCAAAUGGCCCUCUUGAUACCCGACCACUAUAUCCAGCUAGCGACGGCACUUGGGCUAAACACUCAACCAGUCCUCGAACAUCCAAGUGCGCACCCUGCCACAGAUUUUGAGACCCUUAUCGAGCAGAACAGACGACAAUCGGCAUUGCAUGAAAAAAUGACUGCUGAUAUUCUUGCUAACCUGCACAGUCUGCCAGAAAAUGUCGACGAAAACUACUGGGAAUUGUACAAGAAAUCACUCGGUAUUCCCGAUUUCAUUAGCAAAAUGACGUUGGAUGAUGUUCGGGCAUUAUUGGCGAGAGCCGCUCCGAAAGCUCUAUCUCCUCCACUUCCACAGUUGGUUAGCAAGAUGGAGGUCGACGAACCGGUUGACGAAAAACCAACCUUGUCGACCGAGAUCGAAGAGCCGGAAAAUGAUUCCUCCAAUCACAGUGUCAAGAGAGAAGUGAAUCCUUCUAGUCCUAUGGCUUCAUCAUCACGUGGUUGUACAGAGGAGAAAAACGGAGAUGAUACGGAAACUAUGGCAGCAGCGGGCAGUUCAUACGAAAAUAUUUCAUCAAAUGAAGAAGCCUCCCACGAGCACCACAACGAUGGUUCCAGUGACGAUAGCAUGUGGCGACCAUGGUAGAAUACAAAAUCUUCAUUAGAGAAAGUGUAUAUAGCUCUAGAAUUGUGCAAUAUUUUUGAAACUUAUCAUUUAAAGUACUAUUUGGUAUCCGUUAGACGAUCUAGAAUUUAGUGAAGUGUCAAUCGCAAAAGCUUUAUACACUCCAAACUUGCGAAGAAGAUGCACAAACCGUACAGAUUACGCACCACGAAACAUGCUAUAGUGAUAUAGACAUGUGCUAAUUCGUGGUCCGUUAGCAUUCCAUCUCACAGUUUAGAAUAGUUUGAUUAUGCACCGGUGACCGAGUGGAACUUUGUAUUGACAAGCGGAAUGAAAAACAAAAAACGCAUAUACACAUUUGAAGAAUAGAUCAUGAUCAUAGUUCUAACUAGGUUGAGCUUGAGCAUUCUGCGGUAGUAGACUUCAUAGAAGGAAUCAAGACUUACAAAAAUGGUAAUCAUUUUAAGCAUAUGGAAAGUUUGCAAUCAUCCAUUAAAUACUAUACAAACUAUUUGCCGCUAAACCGAAAGACAAUUACAUCAAUUAUGAAUUGAUGUGGAAGUCGCAUAUUGUUGUUCAAUGUUUCAGAUAUGUUACAGUGGCUAACCAUUGAUAAAACUGCAAAAAAGUACACUCAAGCAUACACAGUAAAACUUUUGCAUAGUGCAAAGUGGUAAAAACCGAAAAUAAACUAUUUAAAAUCGCCAAAAAAGCUGCAGUAUUCCUCAAA